AUGGAGCACUGCCUACGAUGCAAUACCUUGAAAUGUCGGAAGGAACUCAACGAGCAAGCUCUUGUAACUACUUGCAGUCAUUGUUUUUGCAUAGACUGUGCCAAUCAAUUCCAGCUACUAAAUAGACAGCAUGAACAAUAUCCAACAUGUCCAGCAUGCCAUAUCAACCUCUGUAACCCAGAUGAUGCGGUCGUGACUAUCCUUAAUCCUACUGAGGACUAUAAAACGAGUGUUCUUAGUGGAUUAAAUCCAGAUACUAUUAUGGAAUGCGCUGGAAGGGCUCUAAGUUUCUGGACUUAUCAAGCUACUCAAGAAAUAGUCUAUCAAGAAUAUUGUGCGAAGAAUCUAACUAAAAAGUAUGGGACUUUAAAUGCUCAGAUGGAUAAGAUUAUUCACGAUGCAAAUUCAGAACUCUCAAAUAUGCGUGAUAAAAUGACUAAUAUGCAAGCUGAGCAAGAUGCCCUAAGAAAGAAAAACAAAGAGCUCAUCCAGCAACUUCGUGAUAAAACUCGAAAAUAUCAUCAAACGCAAGAACUGUAUGACAAAAUGAAGCGUCGGAAUUUGCUUGAUCAUGUUCAAGACGCCGCUUCUGAUGCAGUAGAGCAGACCAUACAGGAAUCAGCUUGCACAAAUAGAUAUAUUGACACAGACAUAAAUACUAAGAAAAAGAUGCCCCCACCACCCCUGUUUUCUGAACGGAAGACAAAUAACGCACUUAACAUGGCGAUGAAUGUUGAUGGUAGUUCUAGCGGUGGCAUCAUGUUUGAAAGAGAUGGCGAACGAACCUGGCCAGGAGGCUUCCGUAGACAAGAAACUUUGCAAUUAAAUCAACUGAAAACACCAUCCACACAUCGUACUACUAUCCCGCCAGGUUUUACUAAGCCACUCCCAUUAGUACCAUCCUAUACCCCUAUGUUAAAAUUAUAUCGGAAAAGCCCACGUGAACUCUUUGAUAGACCAGGAAGCAAUAGCCAUAACAAUGGUGGUUAUGGAAUGAGCGCAGGUGUAAAAGUUAGCAAUACAAAUCACGGGGGAAACACAGGGACAAGUAGGCCGCCAACAAGAACCCGGAUGCCGCAAGGGCGUAGUUCCAGCCUUUCAAAUUAUCGCGAUUGA